AAGAAAGGCCGAGGGGGCCUGGCAGCGGGAGAGGAGAAGAAAGCGGAGCCGGGAGGCGAGGCGCCGUCCAAUGACAAAGCCCAGGGGUGGGCGCCGGCCGCCAUCUUGCACCGGCGGCGGCGGCGGCGGCGGCGGGAUCCCCCGCGUCCUCCUCCGCCCUCGGAGGGGGAGGGGCGGCGGCCGAGGCGAGAAAAGUAGCGAAAGGCGCGCCGGGCGGUAGGCGCCUUCAGCGGCGGCCGCCGCCGCGGAGCCGAGCGCGGGGAGGAGCCGGCGGCGGCGGGGCCCGGCGGGCGGGCGGGCGUGCGGCGGGCGCGGCGGCCUCCGAUGCGGCGCUCCGGGAAGAGGCGGCGGCGGCCCCCGGCGGCCCCGGCCCCGGCCUUCCGGGGCGGCGGCGGCGGCGGGAGGGCCGGCGGCGGCGCCGGGCCGCAGGCGCAGGAGGAGAAGGUGGUGUACUCGCGCUCGCAGCUGUCGCUGGCCGACACCACCAAGGCGCUGGGCGAAGCCUUCAAGCUGUUCAUGCCGCGCAGCACGGAGUUCAUGAGCUCGGACGCGGAGCUCUGGAGCUUCCUGUGCAGCCUCAAGCACCAGUUCUCCCCGCGCAUCCUGCGCAGCAAGGACGUCUACGGCUACGCCUCCUGCCGGGCCCUGGUGCCCGAGCCGCCCGCGCCCCCCGCCCGCGGCCCGGCGCGCAGGCCGGCGGCCCGGAGGGCGGCGCGGAGGAGGCGGCGCGGAGCGCGGGCGGCCGCCGCCCGCAGGAGGAAGCCGCCGCCGCCCCCGCCGCCGCCGCCGGGCCCCGGGGAGAGCCGCGCGGCCGAGCCCGGCGCCCUCGGGCCCUGCUUCGGCGGCCGCACCCUGGAGGAGAUCUGGAGGGCGGCCACCCCGACGCUCACCACCUUCCCCACCAUCCGCGUCGGCGGCGACGUGUGGGGCGAGCGCGGCCUGGCGGCGGUGCGGCGCCGGGCGCGCCAGGUGCUGCGGGUGAACCUGGAGCCCGUGGUGAGGCUGCGCCGCUUCCCGGUGCCGCGGGCGUGAGCCGCGGCCCCCAGACCCCCCGCCUCCCCGACCCUCGGACGGACGGAGCUCCCGCCUGCUGGGAUGGACAAGUGUCAGUCGAGUGUUUACAGACCCGGCCAGGACUCCGUCCCCCAGUGCACUUUACGGGCGAAGAAGGCGAGGAAGUCACCGGACGGCGCGCCCCCGGCCCUGCGCCCCUGCACGCGGCGCCGCCUGCCGUCGGGGACCCCGGGACCCCGGGCUGCGGAGGGAGGACACCGCUGGCCCCGCCGGAGGGGCCCCCCCCGUCUUCUGACCCCACCACCUGGGACUCCUGCCGGGGCAGAUCGAUCCCUUCUCUCCUCCUUUCGGACUCUACCUCACUGGUCUGCAAGCCCUCCGAAGAAGGAAUUUAUUUUUCCAAAGGAAUUUGGUUUCGUGCUUGUGUAAUAAAGUCAGAAUUCACCCCUUUUUUAUACCCCUCCUCUUCCUCGAUACCCUUCUUCUUUUUUUUUCCUCUUCCUCUUUGACUGCCACCCCUCUUCUGGACAUGUUUUGUGGUGUUGCACUAGUUUGUGCUCAGGGUAUUCUGGAUCCCACUCGUCUCCUGAUGUGAACUGGAUUCCAAUGCGUUGACCAAGGAUGUUUCCUAAGCGACCCAAGCUUAUGACUCUUGAAAUCGUUGCGAGGAUUUUGUACGGCUUUUGAACUUCGCUGGGCGCAGUUGUGAUUACAAGCAGAGCGAUGCAAAAAAUAACAGCUGUGUUAAUUAUAUUUUAAGGUGUUUCUAAAGAUGUUUUCUAUUGAAACUUAAAAGUUUAUAUUUACUGAGCUUCUAAAGAAAAAUGGUAGAAACUCAAAGUUUUGUUUAGGAAAAGUUGACUUGUUAAAACUUUUAAACAUUGAAUAAAAAAAAAGUGCAUUGAAACCACCUGGCUUGUGAUUUUAAAAAAAUAUGAAUGCAUUAGUAUAAAAAAACACGUGUUGGUUAAAGAAAUGGAAUCCGAUUAGAAAUGAUUUGGCCUCCUUGUACGGUGUAACAUAUAAAUCCAGGAAUAUUUCAAGGAUAAUUUAUUUUAAAAUGGGAGUCCAAUAGGAGAAAUGGAUGAUCCAUUUUUGUGAUUAAAAUGAUAGAAUACUCACUAAAAUCCUCGGAAUACAGUCUGGAAGGGGGGGGGGGGCAUUUCUUGGUAUAAGUACCUGGUUGAAGUUUCUCGGGGCAAAGUAGACCUAAUUUUCUCUCUCUCUCUUUGUUGUUGGAUAAUAAGAAAUGUCCAGACUAAUAGCACCACUUUUAUAAACAUGUUAGUUGACUUUUUUGCUCCACCAGUUAACUUUUUUAUCUUUUUUUCACUUACAUUCAUGUUUGCAGUUACGGGUCUUCGGUAACUGAAGACCACAGGCAACCACACAGAGUUCUGACGCUCCUUUUACACUUUUAUAAUACAUAGUGUUUAUACCGUAAUGGCCCAGCGUAUUACUCUAGAUUAUUCAAGUGCCUUUGGUCAUUGGUAGCAGCAAGACUUAAUGGUUUUGAGCCAGUGGUGCCACAGCCAGAUUUUACUGUAAUAUCUAUAAAGGGUCAAGUAGUGUUUUUGUACCACUAUCAUUUCAAAUUUGAGUAUUCUGCAAUGGAGCGAUCUGUACUGGGCUGGAACUUGACAUAUGUAAUACUCAAUAGUAAGGUCUAUCUCUGCUUGGUAGCUUCUUAGGAGAAAAAGGAGAGCUGCAAUUUUUACUCUUGUGUUCUUAGAAUUUAAAUGGUAUAGCUUUCUGAAAUGAUUUUCCCUCCCUCCCCACCCCCCAAGUUUAAUAGUCCAUGGUAGGAGCUUUGUGACUUCAAUUUCAGUGUAUUUGUUUUGUUAAAAAAGUAUUUUAUAUAUACACACAUAUAUAUAUAACUUUAUACCACUUUUUUCCAGUAAAGCAUCAUAUUCUUUUAUUCACUAGUCAGCAGUAAUGCAUUGUUACAAACACUGUCACGUGAAUAAAUAAAAGUGAAUAAUUGGAAGAUGGAGAAUAUUAAAUUAUAUUUGUGUGAUAGGAAGCUUACCUAUAUUCUUUUGGUUAGCUUCCACUGCCAAUGAUAUUUCACUUAUAUAGGGUUUCUCCUCAUCCGUUCCCCUCUCCCCCUCUAUUGACUUUGGCUAACUAGCACCUGAGGGGGAAGACAUUUGUAUUUGUACCACUUCACUUUGUAUAUAGUUUUAUAAUAAUUAAGAAAUCUAAUGGCCAUAUUAGAAUAAUUUCAACAUGCAGCUUAUCUAGAUAGUUUCCCAGAGGAUUUUGAAAUUAAGACUCAGCUGGGAGGAUAACUUCCCUCGGCACAAAACAAACGUUCACUGACACCAUGCAUUUAUUGUAACAGAUUCUUAAUAUAUUUUUUUCUUUUAUGCCUUGUUUCUUUAGUAUACUUGAACUCACAUAAAUGCUUCUUUGGAUUACUUGGGCUUUCUGACUUUUGUUUGGAUAUAAUUGCCCUUCCUGAAUACAGUGUUAUUGGAUUGACUAAAAAUUCAUGCCAUUUUUAGUUUGUAAAAAUGAUGUAAAAAAAAUCAUUAUUUUGCCAAGGUUAGCAUAUGUUACACCUUCUAAAAUGUGAAGAAACAGCUAAUAAUAGUUUAUUAGCAUAUGAAUAGGAAAGUGAAAGUAUUUUAUGGGUACUUUGGGGCAGAAUGUGAAGAUGAACUUGGCAUGGUGGCCUUCACUGUGAGGCAGCCAUUUUCUGUCCUCUAACAUGAGUCUGUAGCUUAGCUUGUAGGUAGUUUUUGUAAGAAACCCUGUGAUCUUGAUGCAUUCUCUUACCUUCUCAUAUCUCACAUGGCACAAGUAGAGAGGGGAAGCCAGAAGGAAGUGUAUCACCUUGCUAUACUUCUAAUUCGUUUUUAACUCUUGAGUGCCUAAAUGUGGUGACUGGCACCUUAAAAUAACCUUUUGAAAUUCCCCAGGUCAUUUUUUUAUCCUUCCUGUCAACCAGCAACUUAUUUUUAUGUUAUGAUUGUUGAGGGCAAGUCUCAUUGUUGAUAGUGCAAAGUGUCAUUGUUGGGAUGUGUAUUUAUUUUGUCAAAGUUUGAGUACCCUCUCGGGCAAGUGUAACUUAAGCCGGUGGCUGACACCUAUUGAUUUGCUAUGUGCAAAUCUGAAAACUCUUCAAUAAAAAACAAUUAAAAAAACAUUAAAAAUAUUUGAAUACAAAAAACUGAGCAAUUUUGAACUCUAGAGUUUUUUGUUGUUUUAAGGGAUGCCACAGCACCCUUUAAAUUGUGUGUUUUUUUAAUGGACAUAUAUUCAUAAUAUUUUAUCAGUGUGUAAAAUAUUUCUUGAUGGGCUGUUAUGUCUUAAGUGCAUUAUAAGGCAAUUAUUUGUAAUGGAAGUGAAUGUUUUUGGACAGUUUGAUGUGCAUAUGAGUAAGAUUUUACAAUCUGGUUGUACUUUGCUUUUUAAUUUAUUAACUGUAAAUAAAUUUUAGAAAAUA